AUGAGUUCUUUUGGUUUGCCACUGGCACUUAAAGUUUUAGGCUCUUUCUUGAUUGGAAGAACCAUAGCAGAGUGGGAAAGCCAAUUGGAGGAAUUGGAAGGAAUCCCUCCAAAAGAUAUUCUAAAAAAACUAAGAAUAAGCUAUGAUGGUCUAGAUCAUAACGAGAAGUGUAUAUUCCUUGAUAUAUCUUGUUUCUUCACUGGAAUGAACAAAGACCAUGUCAGCAAAAUAUUAGAUGGAUGUGGCUUUAAAGCAGAAAUAAAAAUCAGUGUCCUCCUUCAGAAGUGCCUUGUAACUGUUAAUGAAAAGAACCAGCUAAUGAUGCAUGAUCUACUUCGAGACAUGGGCAGAGCAAUCUGUCAAGAAGGUGACCCAGAAGACCGGACUAGAUUGUGGCUCCGCCCUGAAGAUGUGACAGAUGUAUUCGAAGACAAAUCUGGAACUAAAAAAGUUGAAGGACUUGCUCUAAAUCUGCGAAGCUCGGAAAAGGCUAGUUUCGGUACUGAAGCAUUUAGCAAAAUGAGAAAAUUGAAAUUGCUCCAGCUCAACUAUGUAGAGCUCACCGGAGAGUACAAAUUUCUUUCCAAAAAUUUAAGAUGGUUGUGCUGGCAUGGAUUCCUCCUAGAUUCGAUACCAGGUGACUUUGAUCUAACAAGCCUAAUUGCUAUGGACCUGCAGUUUAGCAAACUCAAAGUAGUUUGGAAGGAUUGCAAGUUGCUUGAGAAGUUGACAAUCAUUAAUCUGAGUCAUUCUCAUGAUCUAACAACAUCACCAGACUUUUCAAAAGUCCCAAAUCUCGAGGAGUUGAUAUUGGAAUGCACGAGUUUGUCUGAUGUCCAUGAAUCCAUUGGUGAUCUCAAAAGACUUGCUUUGGUAAAUCUUGAACACUGCAGAAUGCUUAAAGAUCUCCCACUGAAUUUAUAUAGAUCGAAGUCUAUUGAAACUCUUCUACUUAAUGGUUGUUCAAGAUUUGAAAACUUGGCUGAGGGCUUAGGGGACAUGGUAUCAUUGAGAACUCUGGAAGCAGACGAUACAGCUGUAACAAAAGUACCAUCUUCCAUAGUAAAAUUGAAGAACCUGAGAUCUUUAUCUCUAUGUGGUUCGGAACGGUUAACUGGCUCUUUGCCCCAUUCUUACCUGAGAUCAACCGGUUUUUUGCCCCCUUUGUUAGAUGGCUUAAACUCUUUAAGAAAAUUAGCUCUUGCAGACUGCAGUUUAACAGAUGAUGAACUCCCUGAGGAUCUCGGGAGCCUAAGUUCCUUAGAACAUUUAGAUUGUGGACAAAAUUCUUUUUGUAGACUGCCAAGCCUAAUUGGUCUUUCAAAGCUGGAAUAUGGAAAACUUCGUGCAAUCCAAGAAUUACCGACAAAUCUGAAAGUUCUGAGAGGGUUUGGCUGCACAGCAUUGGAAACAAUGCCAGAUUUUUCAGAAAUGUCAAGUAUAAGAGAACUGUAUUUAUCUGAUUCGUACAAACUCACUGAGAUUCCUGGCCUGGAUAAGUCAUUAAACUCCUUGACAAGGAUUCAUAUGGAAGGCUGCACGAAUCUCACCCCCAUUUUCAGAUGGAAAAUCCUACGGGGAUGGACUUCUUGCGGAUUUGGAGGCAUUUAUCUUGAAGGGAUUUAUGGUAUUCCUAAGUGGUUCAAGUUGGUUGGUAAUGGGUACAAUGUAGUGAAUUUUGAAGUGCCCCAAUUCAGACGUGAAUUAAAAGGGUUAACGUUGUGUUGUGUUUACUCUUCAGACAACCCAAAACCAACAGAUGGUCUGGGCAUUAUGGUUAGAAAUGUAACGCAGGGAACUACUUUGCACACCUGGCCAGCAAUUGCCUCGGUAAAAACAGACAGUAAACCUAAAGAUUAUUAUCUUUGGCAGGGACAACUAUCGAACGAUAGGCUCAGUUUGCAAGGUGGGGAUAAAGUCUUGCUUUCUGUAUUUGCUACAGUUGAUUUUGUGAGAGUGAAGAUAGCAGGGGUCAAUCUAGAAUGGGUCAAAGUUAUGAAGGAAAAUAUGCAUGAUUCGGAUCCUCAUCUAUAUGAUUUGGACCCAUAUCCUGAUUGGUUGUCGAGAACUCCAGAUGAGGCAGGACCAAGCCAAGGCGAACCAUUAAGAGAAUCAGUUCUUGCAAUCUACAACGAAUAUGCGGCAGGACCAAAUCUCAAGAGGUUGAUGUUGAAAGGUUGUAAGAAUAUGGCUGAAGAAAUGGAUGAAAAAGAAGCUCUAGAGCUCUUUAGUCGGCAUGCCUUCGAAAGUGGUUAUCCUAAUCAAGAAUAUCUUGACCUCUCAAAACGUGUAAUUCGUUACUGUCAAGGUUUGCCACUAGCACUUAAAGUUUCAGGGUCUUUUCUGAAGAAAAGAACCAAAACAGAGUGGGAAAGCCAUUUGGAGAAAUUGGAAAGAAGUCCUCCUGAUGGAGAUAUUCAAAAAAUACUCAGAAUAAACUUUGACAGCCUACCUGAUGAUACAACGAGAGAGAUAUUCCUUGAUAUAUCUUGUUUCUUUAUAGGAAUGGACAAGGACUAUGUAACACAAAUAUUAGAUGGAUGUGGCUUUUAUGCAACGAUAGGAAUCAGUGUCCUCAUCGAACGGUGCCUUGUAACUGUUAGUGAGCAAAACAAGCUGAUGAUGCAUGAUUUGCUUCGAGACAUGGGAAGAGAGAUCGUUCGUGAAAAUGCCCACGGUCAACCUGAAAAAUUUAGUAGAUUGUGGAAACAUGAAGACGUAAUAGAUGUAUUGAGCUAUGAAUCUGGAACUGAAGAAAUUGAAGGAGUUGCUCUAGAGUUGGGUCCAUCUUGGCAUCGACAUCGGGCUCCAGUCCAGAAAAGUGCGGCUUCAGGUUUGCAUUUUCAAGAUUUUGGUCCAGGUUUGACUAGAUUCAGUGCACAAGCAUUUACCAAGAUGAAAAAAGUGAGGUUACUCUGCCUUAGAGACGUAGAGCUCACUGGAGAGUACAAAGAUUUUCCCAAAAAGUUAAUAUGGUUGGGCUGGCGUAGAUUCCCUUUAGAAUCCAUACCAGAUGACUUUCCUAAUCAACCAAACCUAGUUGCUUUAGACCUGCAGGAUAGCAAACUCAAAAUAGUUUGGAAGGAUUGCAAGUUGCAUCAGAAUUUGAAAAUCCUUAAUCUCAGCCAUUCCCGUGAGCUAACAAAAACACCAGACUUUUCAAAACUCCCAAAUCUCGAGGAAUUGAUAUUGCAAUACUGUUUGAGUUUGUCUGAGGUUCACUCAUCCAUCGGGGAUCUUGGAAGACUUACUUUGGUAAAUCUUCAAUGCUGCAGGAAACUAAGGGAUCUCCCACUGAAUUUCUAUAAAUCCAAGUCUGUUGAAACUCUUCUACUUACUGAUUGUUCAAGAUUUGAUAAGUUGGCUGAGGGCUUAGGGGACAUGGUAUCAUUGACAACUCUGAAAGCAGAUAAGACAGCCAUAAGACAAAUACCAUCGUCCAUAUUAAAAUUGAAGAAACUGAAAGUUUUAUCUUUGGCCCAAGUAUCAAAAAAUCUUUGGCCCAAGUAUCUCGGUAGCCUAAUUUCCUUAGAAAAUUUAGAUCUUGCAAGCAAUGACUUUUGCAGCCUACCAAGCCUUAGUCGUCUUUCACAGCUUCAAGUUUUGUCUUUAGAGUGGUGCAAAAAUCUUCGUGCAAUCCCAGAUUUACCAACAAAUUUGAAAGUCUUGAAAGCAAAUGGCUGCCCAAAAUUGGAAACAAUUUCAGAUUUUUCAGAAAUGUCAAAUAUAAGAGAAUUGUAUCUAGGUGAUUCGGGCAAACUCACUGAGAUUCCAGGCCUGGAUAAGUCAUUAAACUCCAUGACAAGGAUUCAUAUGGAAAAGUGCACUAAUCUCACUGCCGAUUUUCGGAAGAACAUCCUACAGGGAUGGACUUCUUGCGGAUAUGGUGGCAUUUUUCUCAGUGGAAAUGAUAUUCCUGAUUGGUUCCACUGUGUCCAUGACGAUGAUAUUGUGUAUUUCACUGUGCCUCGAAGUGUUGGUCGUAAUUUGAAAGGGUUAACUUUGUCCUUCGUUUACUCUUCAGACUCAUUCACCAGUUUUUGCAUUAGCAUUAAAAACAUGACCGAGGGUACUGAGCUUGACGCCAGUAUCAUACCCGAUUGUACAAUGGAGGGUUAUUAUCUUUGGCAGGGACAGUUAUCAAAUGACGAGCUCAAAUUGCACGACGGUGAUAAAGUCUUGAUUGAAAUAAUAUACGAAUGUAAUUUGAUGAAGGUGAAGAAAACAGGUGUUAGUCUGGUAUGGGACAAAUUUAUAAACGAAAAUAUGAUUGAUUAUCAUCUUUGUGCGUAUGAACGACGCCCAUCUCAAAAUCUGGUCAAUGAUGAUGACAUCAUUCAUGUGGAAGAUGAUAAUCACAUAACAAAAUCACCAGACUUUUCAAAAUUCCCAAAUCUCGAGAAGUUGAUAUUGAAAGACUGUGUGCGUUUGUCUAAGGUUCACUCAUCCAUCGGGUAUCUUGGAAGACUUUCUUUGGUAGAUCUUGAAGGCUGCCGAAUGCUAAGGGAUCUCCCACUGAAUUUCUAUAAAUCCAAGUCUAUUGAAACUCUUAUACUGAAUGGUUGUUGGAGAUUUGAAAACUUGGCUGAUGGCUUAGGGGACAUGGUAUCAUUGACAAUUUUGACAGCAGAUGACACAGCCAUCAGACAAAUUCCAUCUUCCAUAUUAAAAUUGAAGAAGUUGAGAAUUUUAUCUCUAUCUGACUGCAGGUUAACUGAGGAUGCAAUCCCUAAGGAUCUAUGUUGCCUAAUUUCCUUAGAACAUCUGCUUCUUGGAGGCAAUGAUUUUCGUAGCCUGCCAAGCCUCGCUGGUCUUUCAAAGCUCAAGGUCUUGUGUUUAAAUGCAUGCAGAAAACUUCUUGCAAUUCCAGAUUUACCAACGAAUUUGUAUGUUCUGGAAGCAAAUGGCUGCCCAGAAUUGGAAACAAUUCCAGAUUUUUCAGAAAUGUCGAAUAUGAGAGAAUUGUAUCUCUGUGAUUCGUUCGAACUCACUGAGGUUCCAGGCUUGGAUAAGUCAUUAAACUCCAUGACAAGGAUUCAUAUGGAAGGCUGCACCAAUCUGACUGCGGAUUUUAGGAACAACAUCCUACAGAGAUGGACUUCUUGCGGAUUUGGUGGAAUUUAUUUGAAUGGAAUUUAUGAUAUUCCUGAGUGGUUCAAAAUCGUCAAUCAAAUGGACAUCGUCUUCUUUGAAGUUCCUCAAAUAAUCAUGGGUCGUGAUUUAAAAGGGUUGACUAUAUGCUUCGUUUACUCUUCAGACAGGCCAAAACUCGAAGAUUCUCAAGGUCGUACUGGCAUUAUCGUUAGAAAUCUUACCAAACAAACUGCUUUGCGCACCUGUAUAGCAUUUGCCUCGGUAAAAACUUCCAGUAAACCUGAAGACCAUUAUCUUUGGCAGGGACAAUUGUCAAACUAUGUGCUCCGUUUGGAAGGCGGUGACCACGUAUCGAUUCUUGUAAGGCCUGAUGAUGUUGAUUUAGUGAGAGUGAAGAAGACAGGGGUUCAUCUAGAAUGGGACAAAGUCAUGAAGGAAAAUAUGGAUAAUCCGGAUCGUCAUUUGUAUGAUUGGGAAACAAAUGGGGAUUUUUCAGGGGGAGUUGAUGACUCCAUUUCAAGAAACAGAGAGAACAAAGGGAAGAAAAUCAAAGAGAAGGAGGAUAGGAUCGUUUGAUUAUGUUUAAACCACCGACAUAUUCAGAGAAGUAUGAGGAAGAGACCUGAAGAAGAAGGAAAGAGAAAUAGAGAGAAAUUGUAAUCUUGAUUUCUGUAUUUCUUAAUCUUUUAAGCUACAACACUAUUACACUUUAUACAGCUGUCUAACUAAUUCACAUACACCAAGGCACACCUAACUCACUAACUGAUAACAAUGACAUCAAUAGUUAACAGUUAGUGCGCUUUAAGUAUUUCUUAAUCUUGUAACCAACCGUGUCGAUAUUCUACAAUGUGGAGGCUAGAGAUGUGAGGAAUCAGACUGGUUUGCACACCUGGAAAGCAUUUGGCUCGGUAAAAACUUCCAGUAAACCUGAAGACUAUUAUCUUUGGCAAGGACAAUUGCCACACCUGAUAAUGCGGCAGGACGGAGCCAUGACGCAUCUGUUCCCGGUGAUCAAAUGAGUGCUAUAGUUGAAGAAUCAGCAGUGGAAGACGAUCCUUUUGGCCAUGGCGGAUGAUGGAGCAGGACGGAGCCAUGAUGCAUUUGUUCGCACUAAUCAAUCGAGUGUUUUGGAUGAACAAUUAGCAA